GUGCGUCCCGCACACGUGGGUUUGUUGUAGUGUUUUGUUGUGUUGUGUGUGGAGGGUUCGGGUUCUGUUCGGUGGUCAUGUCGGAUCAGGAGAGCAGCGCUCUGAGCGGCCUGCUGCUCGCGUCGCACGCGCCGCUGGAUGAGGCGCAGCGCGCCGGCCGGAUGAAAUGCUCGCGGUGCGGCGCGUCGCGCAUGUUCUACUGCUACAGCUGCUGCGCGCUGGUCGGGCUGGAGCCGCGGGACGUUCCGAGCGUCAAGCUGCCGCUGAAGAUCGAUAUCAUCAAACACCCCAACGAAACGGACGGAAAGAGCACGGCGGUGCAGGCCAAACUGCUGGCGCCGCAGGACGUCACCAUCUACACCUACCCCUGCAUCCCCGAGCUGGACCAGAGCGCAGAAAACAUCGUGCUGGUGUUUCCCGGUCCUGACGCCAUGACCGUGGAGGAACUGUGGGAGUAUUUCUGCGCUGACGGGAAGCCGAGGGUCAAGAGGUUAAAAGCGACAGAAGGGCAUCCUGAAUCUCACAGCUGCCCGAUCCAGAGAGUGGUGUUCAUCGACAGCACCUGGAACCAGACCACCAGAAUCAUCACAGACGAGCGUCUCCAAGCUUUACCGAACGUGGAGCUGAAGAGCAGAAGAACCUGCUUUUGGCGGCAUCAGAAAGGAUGUCCGGACACAUACCUGGCAACGAUUGAGGCCAUUUACUACUUCCUGAAGGACCUGCACAGCCACUAUUUCUCCGAGUAUACGGGAGAAUACGACAACCUGCUGUUCUUCUUCUCAUUCCUGCACAAACUGAUCAACAAAGCCAAACAGGCUGCUGGGAAACUGUGAUCAGAUCACAUGUGUUUUAUUUAAAGCUGAAUGGACUGGAUGAUAGAAUGAGACUGAAAUACUUUUAUUUACAAGUCAAAAAUGCAUGCAUUCACUGAUUAGAUUCUUGCUUUUAAGGCACUUUAAUGUGUAAUAAAGUGGUUUUCUUGUGCA